CAGCAGCAGCUGCGGAAGGCUAGGCAGCCGCCCCCUCCAGCGGCACGCAUGCGCACAGCCGGGCGGGUGGGGAGACCCCGCCGAGGCGGCGCAGCUGUUUCCGAGCGGAAGGGCCGAGGACGGAGCGGGGCUUCUGGGAAGCGGCGGCUUUGGGUCGUCGUCGCCUUUCUUUGUUUUUUUCCGGGUCGGGGCGACGCAGUGAGCUCCGGCGGGUUGGCUGAGAACCGCCUCCAGCUCGUCGGAAGGGUCAAGGCUGAAAUAGCUUCAGAGUUCUAGACUGCCGAUCUGUCCUGCACAUACCAGUGGUGAAUGUGAUGUUGGUCAGCUCCACCUUCAGCAACAGGAACAGCUGAGUUUUUUCCUGCUUGUCCUGGGUGGAAUACUAUGAAGCUACUGUAUGAUUUGCGGAGCUCCCGUUUUGGCCUUUGAUUUACUUGCACCUCCUGUUUGGUCUGAGAUGGAAGCAGAUGCGACUAUCCCAAUUUGGCAGAACAAACCUUAUGGCUCGACACGCAGCUUUGUCCGAAGAAUUGGAACGAAUCUUCCCUUAAAACCAUGUCCUAGAGCAUGUUUUCAGGCUCUACCAAAUGUAUCUGAUCUCUAUCUGAAUGACACGCCACCUGUCCCAACUCUGGCAGACGUUGCAUGGAUAGCUUCUGAUGAUGAAGAAACCUAUGCUAGAGUCAGGACAGACGCUCGUCCACUAAAGCACAAAUGGAAGCCCAGCCCACUCUUUGUUAUACAGCGGAAUGCCUCUGUCCCAAAUUUAAGAAAGCAAGAAGAAAAGUUGUUGGCUUUGAAGAAACCAGGUUUACCUGCCUUGAGUCGAACAACCGAACUCCAGGAGGAGCUCAGUCAUCUACGGAGCCAAAUAGCUAAAAUUGUAGCUUCAGAUCCAGCUUCUUCAUUAACGCCGGAUUUAUUAUCUCCAGGAAGUUCAAAUGUCUCUUCUCCCUUACCUUGUUUCGGAUCCUCAUUCCAAUCUACAACUUCCUUUGUCAUUAGUGAUAUCACAGAGGAGGAGGCAGAAUUAGAAAGCCCAGAGCUUCCUUCAGUUUCCUUGCUUUGUUCUGCGACUUCUGAAUGUUGUAAAGCAGACCCCAAGGAUUCAGACGACGAAGAUUCAGUAUCCCUGUCGAAGGCUAGCAGUUUUGCAGAUAUGAUGGGCAUUCUUAAAGACAUUCAUAGGAUGAAGCAGAACAAAGACUUGAAUCGAACAUUACUGAAAGAGGAAGAUCCUGCAGUUCUUAUAGCAGAAGUUUUAAGAAGAAAAUUUGCCCUGAAGGAGGAAGAUAUAAACACGAAGAAGAAUUGACAUUAUGCUAACUUAUAACUCUGUAAACAAAGUAUUGUGCUCCUAAGGUUUUUCUCCACAGUGGCUGCCUUCCUUGAACAUCAAACCUGUCUUUAGGAACUAGGUUUCCUCUGUGUGUAUGUGUGUGGUGUGGAAUUAACUCCUAUGUGAGAGGAACUGUGGAUUUGCUCUGUUGACCACACAGCUUAGAGACAACUUUUUUAAAAAAGGUAAAUAGUUUUCCAGGACAUUUUGAGCGGAGGCUUGGUAAGGAUUCUUCUACAGUGAAAGUGACCAGGUACUGACUUAUUGGUGAGUUGAAUUUUAAAAUUGAUCUAUUCACAAUUUUGCUAUACAACAGCUAGCUAUAUCAGUUUAUGUACUAUAAAGGAGUAUAGCUACCUUCAUUCUGGAGCCUGUGGUAAACUAUUGAGAUACAAGCUUCCAAGUUCCUAAUUAUAGGUGGAGAUUCCUUGUUUUUUAAAAAACACAAAAACUUAGUUUGUUGACCUUGUUUACUUCCCUGAAGGCUUUCCCUUUAACUAGCAUCUAAGGGGUGAGUGAGAAACUCACAUUAGGCUCAUUGGGAGCCUUCCCAAGACAAGAAAAUCAUUGCUGCAAUACCAACACCACCCUCAAUACAGUUCAGCCAAAACAGACUCUUCACUUUGUUGCUCUUUUCCCUUGGCCAAGCAGCUUGAAUGAGUAAUAAUAGAUAGAACACCUUGAAGUCCCCCUGGAAAGGGGCUCUAGCAAAUCACAAACCUUAUGAAGUUGGCUGAGAGUCUGCUAAUGUUCAACGCAAGGGAGGGAUGGGGCUGUCUAUGAUUGCCCUGUAUUGGCACUCUUCUUCUUCUUCCUAGUCCGGAAAUGAUUGGGAGCUAUGCAGCAGCUGCUUAAAAGCUCCCCAUGUAGCAUUUGUAACCAGGUGUGAAGAGGAAACCCGCUGCAGCCUUUGACCACGUGAUUAUUUCUAUGGACGGUGGCCAUAUUUCAGAGGAAUGGAAAAUUUGGCCUUUGGCGAACCCAGAGUUAGGCAACUUUGGCUCGCUAGCAGUUGCUGAACUACAACUCCCAUCAGCCCCAGCCACUAGGGCUGAUGAGAGUUAUAGUGCAGCAACCGCCAGCAAGCAAUGGUUGCCUAUCCUAGGCUAGAGGCCGUCUUCCCAUGCCCUGCAAGCACCACACUCGAGAAUGGAUGUGGCUUCUCCUGGCUCUCUGAAUCCAUCCUUCUACGCUCCUUGUUGGAGAGAAAACUCCAGCUCUUCCUGGCAGCUGUCUGUGCAUCACUAUGGCAGCCUACUCUGAAAUUUAGCCUGCUUUUAACCAGGUAUUUAAAGCAGCUACUGCAGCUGAGGGACACUUCUCACAAAAACUUGCUGGUUGUAGAUCUUUAUGCUGUGAGAAAUGCCUUUCCUUUUUUCACUUAUGUAAUAAUAUUUUAGAAAGCAACUAAUUACAUGUCUUUCAAAGGCA